CCCAAACAGGUAUAAUUAGACGGGAAAUAUGCCACGUUAGCACAAAAGUAUGCCAUGCGCGCUACAAGAAAACAGCAGAGAAAGAGAAAUAGGACACCAGAUUCAAAGCAGUACCAUAGAGAGAUGUUUUGGGGUUUUUCCUAUAUGUGUAUAUGGUAUUGCAUGCCUUGGUGAAUUGCUCUCUGUUAUAUCCUGCGAGACUAAAUGGACCCCAGCACCCCCCUGCACACUACCUUGCGGCUCCAGGAUAGCCCAAUUGGUGUAUUUUGAUGCCUGUGCCCCGAAAGCUGUUCAAACACAAAGGGGGAACGGAGGCUUUGGCUCAGCCGGGAGCCCACAGAUACUAGGGGCGCAAUCCGUCAGUGCUGGCCGACCAUUGAUGCAGUGCACAUUGACGAUGCGAGGAAAAGGUCCUGUUUGCGUGAGUGGUAUUCUGGACACCGGAGCGGAUGUCAGAGUCAUCUCUGAAGACAGAUGGCCUGUGAACUGGCCGUUAGUACAAGUGGGGGAGGCAUUAAUGGGCAUUGGCGGGAAUGCUUUGCCUUUACAGAGCAAACACCUAAUUCAGACCCAGGGGCCCGAGAAUCGUGCUGCCUCAUUCACGGAAUCACGGAAUCACAGAAUCUUCAGAGUUGGAAGGGACCUCUAGAGAUCAUCUAGUCCAACUCCCCUGCUAGAGCAGGAUUGCCUACAGCACAUCCCUCAGGGCUGCAUCCAGGCGGGUCUUGAAAAUCUCCAGAGAAGGGGACUCCACAACCUCCCUGGGCAGCCUGUUCCAGUGCUCUGUCACCCUCACUGUAAAGAAGUUUUUCCGUGUAUUUGAACGGAACUUCCUAUGUUCUAGCUUGUGCCCUUGCCCCUUGUCCUGUCGCUGGGAACCAUUGAAAAGAGCCUGGCUCCGUCCUCCUUAAACCCACCCUUUAGGUACUUGUAAACGUUAAUCAGGUCCCCCCUCAACCUUCUCUUCCCCAGGCUAAAGAGUCCCAGCUCUUUCAGCCUUUCCUCAUAAGGGAGGUGCUCCAGUCCCAUAAUCAUCUUGGUUGCCCUACGCUGGACUCGCUCCAGUAGUGCCCUGUCCCUCUUGAACUGGGGAGCCCAAAACUGGACGCAGUACUCCAGUUGUGGCCUCACCAGUGCAGAGUAGAGGGGGAGAAUGACCUCCCUCGACCUACUGGCCACAGUCUUCCCUAUGCAGCCCAGGAUGCCAUUGGCCUUCUUGGCGACAAGGGCACACUGCUGGCUCAUGGAUAAUUUGCUGUCUACCAGGACCCCCAGGUCCUUCUCCUCAGAGCUGCUUCCCAGCAUGUCCGCCCCUAACAUAUACUGGUGUUUGGCAUUCUUCCUUCCCAGGUGCAGGACCCUACACUUCUCCAUUCCGUCCUUUUGUGUUAACUACGCCAAUUACUUUAUGGGGCGGCGACUGUAUGAGCCACUGGGGAAUACAGAUUGGGUCAAAUUUGUCUUAGGGGCCACUGUGGCGCAAGCCACCUUAAAGUUAACCUGGAAAUCUAAUAACCCCGUUUGGGUGGAACAGUGGCCCUUGUCACGCGAAAAGUUGCGCCGCCUUCAUCAGCCAGUUGAAGAACAGCUCCGAGAAGACCAUAUAGUCCCAACGACCAGUCCGUGGAAUUCGCCUGUGUUUGUAAUCCAGAAAAAAAGGGGCAAAUGGCGACUUUUACAUGAUCUAAGAAAAAUUAAUGCUGCAGUGGAAGAUAUGGGUACUCUACAACCCGGUAUGCCUUCACCCACUAUGGUCCCCCGAAAUUGGUGCCUCACUAUCAUUGAUUUGGAAGAUUGUUUUUUCACAAUCCCGUUGCAUCCUGAGGAUGCCCCCAAAUUUGCAUUUUCUGUGCCAUCUAUCAAGGAACGGGACCUCGGUGGGUUCCAGCCCGGUGUGUGCGCCCUUACAGGCAACAGCAAAGCCAAAAGGAUUGAAUGCGUCUGCUAUCCUGGUUCGGUCUACGGAGUCCCAACGAGCAGGCAUGGACGCAGUUGUGGAAGAAGAUCAAAGCACAGUGAGAAAACUGUACCAGGAAGAACAGGGAGUCCGCAUGUGCUCUUGAGAACAAGGACUCUCUUGCUGCCAAGGAUAAGUUUAGCAAUGCUACUGGUACGGCUAUUUCUGAGUUAUUGCUGAUGGAGAUAGUAGUCGACAUGCGACGCUGCAAAACAGAGCUGCUAUUGACUUUUUGCUUUCAGCUCACAGACAUGGUUGUCAAGAUUUUAAAGGACUGUGUUGUAUGAAUCUAAGUGACCACUCCAAAUCCAUCCAUGCCCAGUUGCAAGAACGGCACCGACCCAACCAGCAACUUGUGGAGACCACUGGGUGCAAUCUUUUUUGGAUGGACUUGGGGGUGGGGUUGGUUGAAGCAAAUUAUACUCGUUUGCCUGUGUGGAAGGAAUUUGUCUGUUAUGUUUAGUACGCUGUUUGCCGUGUUUAAUAAGCAUUAUACGAUCAGUUGUAGAUGCCGCUUUGCAUCGUACCCUGGUACGAGUUGUAGAAUAUGUUGCUGUAAAAACUGCGUGUGUAUCCAUGAGAACCUGACCUUCACAGAAGAAGAUAACAAGAAGGGAUUACAACAAUGUGGUCACGUAUCAGACAGCCGCCGUUAGCAAAGCCGGAUCACGAGUCUGGUGGGACUCGCUGCAUGCGCUGGCCACACGUGCAGCGACUCUAGCCUGUACUUCUCCACUCAAUCCGGUGCAGGAUAUAAGGGGUCUGUCUCGGGCCGGAGAGAGGGAGAGAGAGAUGAGUGCACUUUGAAGAUACAGGGGACGCCCUGGAGCGCUGUCUCUGUCGUCCCCCCCCUCCCAUAAGUUCUAUGUUCAUUAACCCCAACAGCUCAGAAGGCAUUACAGCACGUUGCAGGUAAGAUAUAGUCUACUACUGCUGCAAGACACGUUGAACACCUUCCUACAAGAAUUUCAACCUUACGCCCUGAUAGGACAGUGGGAUGAUGCACUCGCAAAGAGCCCGACUGCAUUAGAGUGGGUAGUUUUGCCACGUACCUUUUCCAAAACAGUAACUAUGAUGACUGAAAUGUUACCACGAUUGUUUUCCCAGGGUCGUUUGUGCUGUCAGCAGCUUUCUGGAAUGGAUCCAAGCCACAUACAUGUCCCUGUCAAAAAGGACGACCUUGACCCUUGGUUAUCACAAAGUCUUAACCUACAGAUUGCCUCAGUAGAUUCUACUGGGCAAAUAAAUUAUUCUCUCCCCUGCCUUUAGAGCCACAGGAGGUUGGUAUUCUAGGCUAAAUUCAGAUGGAUGCUCGUAAGUGUUUUAACUUUGCCAAAUGCUCUCGAAACGCAACAUAUCUCCAAAAGGUCACCCCUCUUGAUUACCGGGUACACUUUUGGCAGCCACCUGUGGUUGCCAUUUCUUCUUUCUCUGCUCCCGGUGUGGCUUCUGCAAAAGCCCUAACGCUCUUAAAAAAAGCUAGGUUGUUGGCUUGUGGAACAAAGUAAGGCUACUUCAGUAGCUCUUCCUGGCCUUUUAUUAGAUGUAGAUUCAGUACGCCAUGCAACUCUGUAAAAUAGAGCAGCCGUCAAUUUUCUGUUAUUAGCGCAUGGCCAUGGAUGUGAAGAUUUUGAUGGCACGUGCUGUAUGAAUUUAUCAGACCACUCUGAAUCAAUCCAUAAAAGUAUACAACAGUUAGAGCAAAAUGUGCAGAAAUUACGAAUGGGGGGAAGUUGGGGAUGGCUGGAUAACCUUUUUAACAGUUGGGGCUUAACUGGAUGGUUGCAAUCAGCUCUCAAAUUCUUGCUUUUUUGUAUAAGCAUAUUCUUGUGCAUUAUGCUUUGUAUUCCCUGUGUGCUACGGUGUGCACAGCGUCUUACAGAUAAAACCUUGGCCACU